GGUCACUUCCGGCCCGGGAGCGCGCGGGUUGAUUCGUCCUUCCUCAACCGCGGGUGCUCGCUGCUCGGAAAUGGCGGGAUUUGGUGCUAUGGAGAAAUUUUUGGUAGAAUAUAAGAGUGCAGUGGAGAAGAAACUGGCAGAGUACAAAUGUAACACCAACACAGCAAUUGAACUGAAAUUAGUUCGUUUUCCUGAAGAUCUUGAAAAUGAUAUUAGAACUUUCUUUCCUGAAUAUACCCAUCAACUCUUUGGGGAUGAUGAAACUGCUUUUGGAUACAAGGGUCUGAAGAUCUUGUUAUACUACAUUGCUGGUAGCCUGUCAACCCUGUUCCGUGUUGAAUAUGCAUCUAAAGUUGAUGAGAAUUUUGACUGUGUAGAGGCAGAUGAUGUUGAGGGCAAAAUUAGACAAAUCAUUCCACCUGGAUUUUGCACAAACACGAAUGAUUUCCUUUCUUUGUUGGAAAAGGAAGUUGAUUUCAAGCCAUUUGGAACCUUACUUCAUACAUACUCAGUUCUCAGUCCAACAGGAGGAGAAAACUUUACCUUUCAGAUAUACAAGGCUGACAUGACAUGUAGAGGCUUUCGAGAAUAUCAUGAAAGGCUUCAGACCUUUUUGAUGUGGUUUAUUGAAACUGCUAGCUUUAUUGACGUGGAUGAUGAAAGAUGGCACUACUUUCUAGUAUUUGAGAAGUAUAAUAAGGAUGGAGCUACGCUCUUUGCGACUGUAGGCUACAUGACAGUCUAUAAUUACUAUGUGUACCCAGACAAAACCCGGCCACGUGUAAGUCAGAUGCUGAUAUUGACUCCAUUUCAAGGUCAAGGCCAUGGUGCUCAACUUCUUGAAACAGUUCAUAGAUACUACAUUGCAUCUCCUUCAGUUCUUGAUAUUACAGGUACGUAAAAUUUGAUUUGUUGCUGAAAGAGUCUUCCUAGAAAUGACUGCUUUAUUAAUUGAUUGU